AAACUGCAGUUAAGAUAUAUCGUCAAUGUAUCGCAAAGGUUAAAAGCGUGGUUUGGAGAAGAAACAAUACAAGAGUGUCAACACUUAAAACAGAGUACUGCGAGCACGGAACAGAAGGAAUGGAGGAAACAUUGCCAGAGAGAUCCACACAAGACUUUUCAAGGGUCAAAAUACUCUGGAUUAUCCAGGAUAUCAGCAGGUUGUGUUGGAAAACGUAUUAUUGAAUUACUAAAACCCAUGGAUUUUGAAGGCGCGAGGCGAAACGCUGACGAAAGACUUAAUCAAGAGCUCACUAGAAUCCGCAAUCUCCCGAAACGAAGCAAGAUCAAAAUAGUCAACAAAUACGGUUUGAAGCAUGCGAGCCACACAAACGCUGGACUGCUGAAAGAAUUAGAGAUCAACCUGGGUGUCAUUUCACGAGAGCAGAGAAGGGUGGCGAAUGAAUGUAACAAAAUGCAGAAAGACUUCAAGGAAAUUCAAAGGAAAUCUCUGUCGAAAUUUCUGCCCCCUCUAGUACAGGAAGAGGAGGUACAUGAGGUACCAGCGGCUCAGAAAAAACCGCCAAGACAACGAAGAAACACUGCUGUUUUUGAUCAGACACCGGUGUGGUUGAAAGGUCGAAGAGAGUCAAUUACUGAAAAGAAAAGAGAAAUUCUUUUAGAUAUGACAGCAAAGAGUAAAGAGAGAACGUUCAAAAUUAUUUCUCAGAACAACAAAAAGACCUCGAUUGGAUUCCCUUUGCCGCCUAUUCGUGAUCACGUUGAACUCGACGAAGAUCCUUGGAUUACACGGAUCAAUCGUCAGCGAAAAAAAGCUUUUGUUGAUAGUUGCUUCCCGUCCUUGUUAGGUGAAGACAAGGGAUAUAACAGAGAGCGAGGAAAAUAUCGCGAGAAUAAAGCACACCAGAAAUAUGAACAAGGGUUACUUUCUCCAACAAACAACGACGAAAGCAACUGGAAGAAAAGAACGUUCCGAGGAACUGUUUACGAAAAGGUCCUUAAAAUGCCCGAUCCUGCUAACAUUCCCCACUUGAAUCCAAGAGACCCUAAACUAUAUCACGUUGUCACGAAAGUAAAGAAUAGGAAGGUCUCCAAGUUAGAAAAUUCGGAUGCAGUCGUCGCAAGAAAGAACACAGUGUUCACAAGACACUGGAAGUGAUGGAAGAAAAUUUCUUCUCUUAAAAGAGCCUUACAUUUUAAUUGUUAGUGGUUGAAAUCAGUCCUUGUGUCUUUAAUACCUGGUAGAUGCAGCUGUGAAAUCAAUUAUUCAAGAAUAUAAAUAUUGCUCUUGUUUCUAGGAGGUAUAGUUCCUCAUCGGAUAUGUUUGGACAGUGUACGACGCCAGAGUGGUGAGAAGGAAAUAAAUCUUUGGUUUCGCGGUUUUUGCUGAAUUUUGCAUCGAGAAAUUUAAAACAGUUCAAAAUAAAAUCUGUUUAAAAUGACUUGUUUGGUAAAAGCUACGAGUAAAUGCGAAAAUCGGUGAAAAAGGAACGCAGAUUUCAAAAACCUGCGUGAAAGAAUAUCACAUUCAGUUUUUCUUGUCAGCGUUCGCCGCAUAUGGAAAAUCAAUAAGGAAAUUGUGGCAGUUGUCACAGUUUGUGAUAAACUGAACCCAUUAUGUGGCGCCGGCAUUUUGUAGAAAAUACCACCCAAUCAUAUCAAUUGUUGAUUCAUUGCCCUGUUUCUGAUCCCGCGAUUUUAGUUGUAUGUUUUCUCUAUUGCGUCGGCAUCGCUAGGAAACCGCGUGAAGAUGCUUGAGGGGGCUAUGUCACCUGAUGCGACUGCGCGCAGAGAUUAAUUAAUUUGAAAUUCAUCUGUCAAAAUUCCAUUAUUCUUCAGAACGACAUGUACAAGCACUGGGACAUUCACAAAUUAUUUUGUUGCUCUGGUUAUUUUGAACCAAGGUCAACAAACAUCCGAUCGUCAAAAAUAAUAAAAGAUUGAAACCGUAAUUUUAUUUUACUUGCACUUAAUGGGCUCUAAGUUUGGCUCAUGCAGGUAAGUAAACAAGCUGCUUAUUGACUGGGCAUUAAGCCCUCACAGGGAAAUAUCUUGCCAUUGGCCACAUUGACAAGGCAUGUUCACUAUUGAUCAUUAUUAUUUUUGUAUCAAGGAAGUUAAAAACAAAAACUCCUCCCGACUACUAUAUAAUGAUCCAGUCACUGUCACGGUCAAAAUCACUGAAGUUGUUGUAGUAUAGUUACAUCUUUGGAUUCGAGUGAUGUAUUAGUCUUUUGUGUGUGUCUUCCAGAUAUUCCGAGAAGGACCUUGCAAUACUGAAAUGACAUAUCUAAACAGCUCCAGCCUAAAUAAGGUAUUCCAUUGGGUGGUGUCUUUUCGUAUAGCCUGUUCUUGAAUUAGGACCUAAGAGUGUCCAGCAUUAUUUAGAUACAAAACAUGUAAAAAUAGCCAAAAUGAGGCGCUCCAGAAAUACAAAGAAAUGCAGGCAAGCUAAUUUGUUAUAACAUGUUUCUGUUCCAGGUAUGUUAUCUUUGGGUUACGGUUUAGGGCUAGGGUUAGGAUUGCCCAACCGUCAACAGAUCUGGUCUGCCUUGAUUUCGGCGGUCAGUUGUUCACGUUCACAGAUUUAAAAUAAUAUUGAAAUGCUGAAUUUUCGCUUCAAAGCAGAUUUUGUGGCCUUUUGGUUCCAUUAUUAGAACCGUUUGAAAAGGAAAUGCAUCGAAAGUAUCAGAAUCAAUUGACUCUAAGGCAUGGGUCGCACUAGAGCGAAUUCUGUUUGUUGUACCAAAAAUUGGGUCAAAAUUGGAGCUUUUCCUAAUGCGACCCCUGCAAGCAAAAUUUGGAAAAAUUUGUCAGCGGACCAAAAAGAUCAAAGACGCCGUAGUGUAUGGGUGGGGCAGGCAGAUUUUUCCCAAAUCGUCCAAAGAAAACAGAAAUUCAUUAAACAUGUCACCUGCGUGUUUAUUUAAGAAAAUUGAUGGUCGACAGUAUGCCUUCACGGGAAAGCAUCAUUGUUUACAAAAGCGUUUUAUCAGUGUCUACACAAGAAUUUAGCCUUGUCGUGUGGCUUCUAGCCUGCGUCACAGACAGUCUAAACCGCCGGUAUAGUCCGUCUGCGCAACGGCUCCCAAAAGCUUGUUCUGAUAUCCCGCAGUCAGUGUAUCCAUUUUUGAUUGGCUAGUUCCUUACGCACUUUCUGAUUGAAUAAUUCUUGCGAAAGCGAUCACGCAACUAUCACGUAAUGCUAAAAAUAAUUGUGUGCGGGUUUCCCAAGAACAUUUGUACAUCUGCUUCGAGUUGGAAAUAAGAUGUCUGCAAUAACAGAGGAAGAUUGGCAAAAAGCGUUCAAAUCCAUGAGAGAGCAGUUUUAAAUCGAUAAUCUUCUACCUGAACAGGAAAACUCGCUUCGCAAAUUUCUGGGAGGUCAAAAUAUUUUUGUAAAUUUGCCGACGGGCUACAGUAAAUCUUUGAUUUUCCAGUGCCUUCCGAUCGCUGCCGAUGCUCUGUUCGAAAAGCCUCGUGGUUCCAGUAUUCUCGUUGUAAUAUCGCCAUUGUGAUCGCUUAUGGAAGACCAUAUUCUCUGGCGAAGCGGGACAAAGAUAAAUAUGACAACCGUGAUAAGCAGCAGUAUUACGUGCAACAGUUAAUCAAACAGCCGGGCCCGGCGUAAUAAUACAAAAUGCAAGUAACCAACAUGUUCGCGGAAUAUUUCAAACUUUGUCCUUCCAGAGCUAAGAUUUACAGAGCUUAAAACAUAUCCUGCAGUACAAAUGAGCCAAA